AUGAUAUCAUCGCCAAGUGUUGUGCAUUGGAAGGGAAUUACUGACCGUUCCGAUCUGCCGAGCCACGUUGUGGUGCCAAUGAGGAAAAACAUUUGUGAAGCAGCCACAGGCCCAGAUGAAGGUGUUAAACGCAUUCUCCUUGAGACAGCAGAUAGCUGCGAGCAAAUAUGGGAAUUGAAUACAUCCAAGGAGCGCCAAAGAGCCUUUGGUGAAGGGAAGUCUCUGUAUCACCAUGAUUCAGUCUCAGGCGGCCUUUUGGGGGAUCCUGUGGCUGAUGUUUAUGCCGUGAUUGCAAGAGAAAACAGCUGCAUUCUUGCCUUAGCUGAUGGCGUGAGUUGGGGUGAAAAGUCAAGACUGGCUGCUCGUUGCGCGGUGGCAGGCUGUCUGCAGUAUCUAAAAACGCACCUUUGUACAGCGAAUACGACUCUUGAUAUUAUGGAGAUUCUCUAUAACUCGUUUAAAAGUGCGCAUGAAUUUAUCCUCAAAAAGAUGGAUUGUUGA